UUUGCAUUGCAAUGAAAGGCUUUGAAGAUGUGAGUGUGAAAUGAGUUGAAUGUUGCUCCCCGAAUGCAGAGCUUCAGGAGGCGGUUCCUCAGUUGAGCUGCUGCCGGGUGAGAGUCGCCGGAGUCAGCUGAUGCGCUUCAACAUGUCUCUGCUCAGAGGUGUAUUUAUUGUUGCUGCCAAACGGACUCCUUUUGGUGCCUACGGAGGAAAGCUAAAGGACUACAGUGCUACAUAUUUAGCUACACAUGCUGCAAAGGCCGCAUUAGCUGCUGGACAGGUCAACUAUGAACUUGUGGACAGCGUUAUAAUUGGCAAUGUAAUGCAGAGUUCUGCAGAUGCUGCCUACAUUGCAAGACACGUUGGACUACAAGCUGGAAUUCCACUUACCGUGCCAGCCUUAACUGUAAACAGACUCUGUGGAUCUGGCUUCCAGUCAAUCAUUAACGGAGCACAGGAAAUUUGCCUCAGAGAAUCUGAGGUUGUACUUUGUGGAGGAUCCGAAAAUAUGAGUCAGGCCCCUUACGCUGUCCGAAAUAUCCGAUUUGGCACAAAGCUUGGAAUUGAUAUCACGAUGGAGGACACCUUGUGGGCAGGACUGACCGAUCUCCACAUUCAAACUCCAAUGGGUAUCACAGCAGAAAAUCUUGCUGAACAGUAUGAAAUAAGCAGGGAAGAAUGUGAUGCAUAUGCAAUGAAGUCACAGCAGAGAUGGAAAGCUGCUCAUGAUGCCGGUUACUUCAAUGAAGAGAUGGCUCCCAUUGAUCUGAAAACCAAGAAAGGAAAGGAAACUUUAGCACAGGAUGAACACCCUAGACCACAGACCACUGCAGAACAGAUGGCUAAGCUACCGACCGUGUUCAAGGCAAAAGGCACCGUCACGGCAGCAAAUGCUUCGGGAGUGUGCGAUGGUGCUGCUGCAGUGAUAUUGGCCAGUGAAGAAGCAGUCCAAAAACACAAGUUAACGCCAUUGGCCAGAAUAGUGGCUCAUCAUGUAUGUGGAUGUGAUCCAAGCAUUAUGGGAAUUGGUCCUGUGCCAGCAAUUGGUGGGGUCCUGGAGAAAGCAGGAUUAUCCUUAAAGGACAUGGAUCUAGUAGAGGUAAAUGAAGCAUUUGCUCCUCAGUAUUUGUCUGUGCAGAAAGCUUUAAAAUUGGAUCCUGAAAUUACCAACGUAAAUGGAGGUGCCAUAGCAUUAGGACACCCAUUGGGGGCAUCAGGAAGCAGAAUAACAGCACAUCUAGUUCAUGAGCUCAGACGACGGGGAGGUAAAUAUGCAGUGGGUUCAGCUUGCAUUGGAGGUGGCCAAGGGAUCGCCCUUGUGAUCGAGAAUGUGAAGUAAGAUAACACCAAGAAUGUUCAGCUACAAGAUGAAAACCUCUUUAUCGAUGUUUGUGGCUGCCUUUAUUUUGGAGCAGCUGCUCUUGCUUCUGAUACUAUACUAAGUUCAACUCAAUUUCCAUUCAACAAUGUUACCUGACCAAAUACUUGGCAUUCCCAUUUUGGGUAAAAGAUUGGCACUAACUAAAAAUGAGCAGUCACUAAAAUAAAUUGACAUUUUACUCAUACAUGCAAAAAAUCUGGAAAUUCUGUAGAAAGCACAUCACUAUUCUGGAAUACCAAAGCACUGCUAACCCUGCUUAUUAUUAUUGCUAUUUUAGUUUAUUUUUAAUAACUACAAACAUUUCCUUGACACCCUGGUCUUACAAAAUAUAUCUUCUCCUGCUGUUGUGUAUGGACUUCCAGACCACAAGAUGUUGGACAACCAAAGCCAAAUUUUUAGAUGGCUAAGAGAAAUUCUUCACAAAUAACCAAAAUUCAAUUUUAAAAAUAAGGAAGUCACGAGUAAGGGUAGAACACGGCUUUUUUUGGCUAGAACUUGGGCCAUCGGGUACAGGAAAAUAUUGAUGUAAAACCUGUGAUGGAUUUAAGAAAUAAUUAUGAUUUAAUGUUUGGAAAAAGGAAUGAUUGGGAAAUAUACUUGAGGUUAACUGAAAUAUAGAAACGUAGAUACUUUAGAUAUGAUGGUCUUUUCCUAAUUUUAAAGUUGAUUAUGUUUGUAUUUCCCAAGCUUCCCAUUUUUCUUGUUCCUUGCCUGUAGCCAGACAUUGAGUCAGUAUUUCUGCCAGGAAUUGGCUGAAGUAAUUGCAUAAUGGUUUACUGUCUUGGACCUCAGAUGCAUAAUCAUCUACUUAGGGAAGCUAAGUCUGUGAUAACUAAAUCUGCAAGGUUUUUUUUUCAAACCACAAUGAAUGUUGCGCAAACUGCUCAUAUGAAACUAGAUUACAUAUCUUCCUUCUUGUCCCCAUAGCAUUAUUUUAGCAUUGCAAAUACUCUUGCAUUUCUAAGUUUACUAAAAUUAUCAAACCAAAUUUCUGCCACCAAAGAUUUCUCUUUAACUAAUUUGAUGUGAUAUCAUUUUCACUUCUGAAAAUAGGUGCAGGAAGCUCAUAAACGCAUUUAAUUCCUAAGUACAUCAUGUCAGCGAGCAGAAAUCAGGUUUGAGACGAGUCCUCUGUUCACCUGUGAUUAUAUUUUGGUUUGAAUAGUUUGCUCUUUGAGUAUUAUUAAUAAAGCAGUUUAAUAAAUUGCUUUCCGCAAAAUAAGACGAAAAGACAUAGGAGCAGUAUUAGGCCCAUCGAGACUGCUCUGCUAUUUUUCCCCCUCAGUCCACUGGAAAGUUAGGGUGCCUAUAAAAAAUGAUUAGGGACUCUUCUUUUCAUUCAAUCAUUAACGGGCCUGUCCCACUGUACAAGCUAAUUCAAGAGUUCUCCCGGGUUUCCCCUGAUUCGAACUCGGAGAAUUACAGUAAUAGCCGCUCGUAGGUACUUGGGGCUCACGUGGACAUUUUUCAACAUGUUGAAAAAUCUUCACGAUUCUUCACGAGCUUACCGCGAGUUUGUUUUUUUUUAAACUCGGGAGAGCUCUUGAAUUACCUCGUACAGUGGGGCAGGCCCUUAAGCAUAAUGCCCUAGGUAAGGAUGGGUGAUGAGGAUUUGUUCCAGAGCUCCAUUCCUGGUUUGUAUUAAGGUAGGCUCUGGCAUAAAAAAAAUAUGAACAGAAAGAAAAACUCCAAGGAAGUCGCAAUGCUGCUUAUUAUUUGAUGAUAUUUGUAGGAAACUGUAAUUAUAGAACAGUUCAUGGCAAAAUCCUUAAACCUCUAGCACCCAGUGCAUCCCAAAGCCUGGGUCACUAGCAAAGUCAAAGUAGACACGGUAGAUGAAAUCACCAAGAAUUCACUGCUGGACGACAAUUUAAUAAACAAAUUCUGGUGCCCUACUGUUUUGAUCUCCGGGAUCUCUUUGGUGCGUGGCACUUCCAUAGAUAUCAGCUGAUAUGAAACAUUCACUCGAUAACGGAGGUACAGCAGUUUCUGGAAUCUCUAUAAUUUGGAUACUCCCCAAAUUACUAUAAACUCUUGAAUGCAAAUUAAUCUUAGGAAUGUCACGCCUAAAUUUAAAUAUUUUUUAAUUGAUUUGGUGGAAUUUUCUUUUUGGGAUGCUCAGGAUUUUAUUGUUAUAAUUCUGACACUUUAUUUAGUAAUAAGGUGGAAACUUUUUAACAGCACUUUUCAAAUAUGAAAUGUAAAACUGGAUAAUGGCAAAUUGGUCAUGGAAAUCUCGAUAAUUAUGCACACAUAUCUUUCUUUUCAAAAACCUGAUAGUUUCAUGUAUGUUUGUGUUGCCAUAUCAGUUCUGAGAAAGCACUUAUAAUAUCACAUUGUUUCUGAAUGCCAGUCAAUGGAGAUGCCUUUGUAGGCAUAAAUACCCCUUUGCACUUAUUGAUCCCUCCAGCCAGUGAAGAGAACCAGAUGGAUUUAAUUGCAUUUAUAUUCCAUCCUAUAUAGUAAAGGGGCACUUAUAUGAUACAGCACUAGCAGUUCUAAAAUGCCAAAUUUAUGGACAAGAAGGAAGAUUCUGUAUUCUUCGCAAUGCAGAAAACCAAGAAUAGUGAUGACUAAAUGGAUCCCAGACUUUUUCUGUAACUACAUUUGGUUGCUAAUUGACAUACAACAAUAAGUAGCGUUGCAUCGCCUAUACAUUUAUCUCCAAAAAACAAACUUUGCCACAUCACUCCUGAAGGAGGGCAUUUGUAUGUUUCUGACAUCUUCCAUACAGUAAUCGCUGACAGUAGUUGCUGAAGGUGGUUUAGUUGGACUCUACUAAUAUCCAUGGUCUGAUCAACACAGAAUAAGAAGGGGCACCUUUUAACUAAUGAACAUUGGAAAAAAUCCAUCAUUUCCUUUUAUUGCUGAAAAUUGUGCAUGAGACAAUAUUGCUUUUACCUGUUUUUUACCAUAAUUUUGGAACAAAUUUAUCCGUAUAAACAAUGAAUCGUGCCUUAAAUAUGUUGAUCUACUUUUGAUGCUACAAUGGAAAAUAAAUUGUUAUUUUUUGCCAUGUGACUGUAUUUUGAAUUUCUUGCAUGUAAUAUGCACAAUAAAAAUAAAAUGUCAUUAUUA